AUGGAGAUGUGUAUCGGAGAAGACAAUUUGCGUCAACAGAUAAAAAGAAUGGAUAAACUGUCAGAGUUGAAGAGGAAACUGAGAGCCUAUCAAUAUCUGGAGAACCUUCGCAAUGAAGUCCUUGCUGACAGCCUGUUCAGAACAGAGGAGAAGAUGGAGAGACAACAAGAGGAGCCAGUAAGCGAGAGCCGACGCGUCAUCAUCUUCGCAAAAAUUGAAGCACAGAUACUGAAAAGAAUUCUUCCAAGCAACAGAAAUGCCGUAUUGGUUGUUAAAUGGAUGAAAAUCAUCAAAGAGCACCAUCAGAAAAUAGCUGAUGUCCAUACAGAGCUGUCGAGAAAAAUCCAACAGCACGAUAGCGAUUCCUUUGAAAAAAUCUCCAGAGACCUAGAGGAUAAGAAUCAACCUAACACCCUUUCAAAGAAGGAAAAGGAGAAACAAUUUGAGCAAAUGACAGACAAAAGGAUGAUCUUGAUCCACAAGAUUCAGGUGGAUUUGUUGAGAACAAUGCUACCAAGUGACGGAACUUCAAAAAUGGCUAUAAAAUACAUGAGAGUUAUCCGAGAUAACCACGAGAUGAUGUUGACUGUACAAAAGGAACUGCUCAAACAAUUAGAGAAAAGAGACGACAAUUCAUUCGCGGACUCCUUCAGGAAUCUAGAGAACCUUAACCAAAACAAAUGGAACGCCACAUUAGAUGCCUGGGUCAGGGAGAAGAGAAAUCAGAUUGUAUUCUUCAUUCUUGUAGACCAAGUGAGGAAAAUGAGGACAAGAAGAUGUCCACAAAUGGCUGGGAAAAUGAUGAAAAAACUUCAAGACCGCCACUUAGAUCUGAAAAAUCUUCAGGAGGAACUUAUGAAAAGGGUAAAUGAAAGAGAAAAAAUUCGUCAAGCAAAGAAAAUCAUUGAAGAAGAGUUGUUGAUGGAAAUAAACAGGAAAGAGGAAAUGACAAAAAGACGAAAAAUGCUCCAGAUGGAAUUGAUGAGCUACCACUUCGAGAGAACUGUCGAAGAAGAUACGCUCUUUAUUCCUCGGAAGUUAUUCUUGACCGGUGUAGAAACCUUCAAGACCGUCCCAGAGCUCGAUGAUGCACCUAGAGAUGUGAAUGAGAGAAAAGAUGGACCGUCAGCCAGUUUUUCCUACGAAGAUCAACCCCAGCCACAGUCACAGCCGAAGAAAGGGACAAAGGCAAAACUCACUUUGAAGAGCCGUAUCAAGAGAAUUUUCGGGUUCCGUUAACCAAACGAAAACCCUGUCAUUGUCUGAAUGAAGAAAGCAUCCCUGAAGCUUUAAAAUUCCAUUUAUUAAGCUUUAUAAAGUAUUGAAAAAUAAAAAUUUAUA